CUCUGCUCCUAGCCCCCCCGAAUGUCACCACCCGGCAUCUCUCGUCCAACAAAUGAAGCCUUAGAUCCAUCUAUCUGCCUUUGUUAGUUGUGGAUCCUCAUCCGUUAGCCUGUACGAUCAGUAUGACUUUCCGUUGGAAGUCCCGGAAAGUCAUGAUCGUCUCCCUCUGGAGUCUUGGCGACGUGAUGUCUUGCUAUCUAUUUUAAUUUACUGCUUAACUAUCCACAUGGAAUCUAUAAUGGCCAUCUUUUCAUCGCAAAAGUUUUCUUCACAGGUGUUGCAUUCUGCUUCCGUUUAGUAGAAGUCUACGAUCUCGCUGGCUUCUGACAAUGAUGAAUGAGAAAGCAGCUCCUGAGGCCGACAGACCCCCUAAUCCGAGGCAUCCGCGCGUCCGUGAUGCCAACGUUGAACGUCACCAUCCUCAUCAGUAUGACCCUACAGCAUUUGGUCGUCAUAGCCUACAGAUCAGUCAGGCUCCACAGCCUGCUUCGGGGUCUCAGCCUGAAGGUCAACGACAGUACGGGAUCGUUCCUAGCACGAGAGAUGGAGACAUUCUCGAUGAAAAGAGGUCACAACCACAGAAUCCGCCAGACAUCGACACAUCCCGCCGCCCGGCAUCAGCACCACACUACCAACCCUCAUCCCCACGAUCUCCAAAGAAACACACCACCAGACCAAGCCAUGACUUUGACCGUCGCUACGACGGCCCCUUCAGCCGGCCAAGCCUCGCCAUGACCCGGCGAAGCUCGCUCUCACCCACACGGCCAUCAACGGACCCAAACGCACCCCACACCGGCGAAGCCCCCGGCACGGCCGGUGACCCUCCCCGAACCCUCCCGGCCUUCCAUCCAACUCCCCCACCACUAAACUACACCCUCCGCACCCGCAAGACAGCAAUCACUUUGUUCUGGACCCUCAUCCUCUUCGACUCCAUCGCCAUGCCGAUAGCCCUCUACUUUGGCCUCUGGUACGGCGUCGGCCCAGGGACAAACACCCUCACGGAAAAGAAGGAGAAACUCUCCCCCAACGCCGUCUUCUCCAUUGUCACCGCGGCCGUGGGUGGCGCUAGCAUUGUAGAGUACUUUGUGCGCUUCUGGCGACUUUGGCGCAAGGGGAGCAAGUGUCGUGUCAUCGGGGCGCAUAGGUGGUACCUCGACUGGUUUCAUUGGAACUUUUCGUUUGCCUGGAUAAUCAUCAUGAUUGAACUUAUCGUAGGCACCGUCCCAAGAAACCCCCCAAUCCGCCUCCUCUCCAUGCCCGUCCCAACAAUGCUGCUCGUCUUCGGUACACAACUCCUCCUAAUCGACGCCCUCCGCGCCCUCCACAUCCCCUCCCCACUCCGUAUCUCCUCCGUGCCCUGCAGAGCCCAGCUCCGACCAGGAAUCUACUCCCUCAUCGAAGACGUCUGCGCCGUCGACGGGUCCGGCGGCACGGACUUCCGCGUCGCGCUCGACAGGCGCUACGAAGCGAGCCAUGUCUUUCGCGCGAUGCUGAGGCGGUUGGGUGUGUUUUGGGCUGUUGGCGCUGAGGGGUGUGCUGUGCUUUGUACGGCGUUGAUCUUUGGUUUGAGCAGCGGGGAGGCCGCGUAUGUUGUUGGGUGGUCGGUGCCGUUCGUGUGGGCUGGUAUCUGGACAGUUGCGACAUUCUGGUAUGUGAAGAGAGAGUUGAGGAUAGAGGCGAAGGCUUGGCGUGAGGAAGUUGCAAGGAAGGGGGUCGCGGGGUCCAUGUCCAUGGCGUCGGUUUGAGAAAAGACUCACUCAGGUUCACAUAGAUAAGUAAUGAGGCACUACAGAUCACGUACAUCAAGAGUGACAGAUAACAGAUGCUUGGAGAUUUAUCUUGAUAUUUUUGCUCUCGUCCAUGUCUAUGCUUCCAUGGGGACCUCCCCUCACCAACCCAAAACGCCUCGUUCACGGCCAAAGUCCUCUGAGACGCCGUUUUCUUCCCCUCCCAGCAAUACAUACAUGCAAAGGUCUAUUCCUCGAGACCAUCUCGAAAUCGAACCAUAUAGUACAGAAAAGGAAAGCAAUCGUCCAAUUACACAAGGUGUCGCCCUUCUACACACAGCCUACCGCUUCCGCGUGUCGCGACCCUUCUUUUUACUCUUCUUCUUGUCCUUGGGCAGGUCUAGCGCCGUGCCCUUGAGCUGCUCCGCCAUCGUCCGGAGCAUGUACUCGUCCACAUUAUAUAUUCUCUCGCCCCACGCGUUGUGUUCAAUCUCUACCGCUUCAUCUGGGGCAACGGAUUCCGAGAACCGGCCUAGCCCAGAGGGUCCGGGGCCACCGCUCGACUGACCCGCGGCGUCCUCCCGCGGCGUGCCUUGGCGGGUGCUAGAGGCGCCAGAAGGUGCGCCGCUCUUUUCGUUGAACUCUGCGUCGUCGUCCUGAAUCUCCUUCUCGGCAGCCUUGGCGGCUUCCACGUCUUCCUGGUCUUCGGCCUGCUUAAGGUCCUCGGCCACGGUUCUCGACGCUCCGCCAUCUCCUCCACCCAGAAGGCGGUCCAUGGCGGCAUUAGCGGCAUCAUCGACCAGGUCUGUUCCCUCAGUGCCGAGAACGUCCCGCACGGAAAGUUUAUUGAAAUAGUCCGUGGUGAAACUACCCUCCUGAAUGACCACGUCGUCUAGCAUCUGCUUCUGCGACGCUUUACGAAGAAUAUUGGCUUCAAUCGUGUGCUCGCUGACGAGUCGGUAGAUGUGUACAUCUCGUGUCUGACCGAUACGAUGGCAUCGAUCCUGGCAUUGCUUGUCCAUCGCUGGGUUCCAGUCUUGGUCGUAGAAGAUGACGGUAUCGGCCCCAGUAAGGUUGAUGCCCAAUCCACCGGAACGCGUAGACAAGAUGAAGCACAAGAUGCGUGGGUCAUGGUUGAACCUGUCCGUGAGGAUCUGCCGCUGCUCAAUCUUUGUUUGUCCGUCAAGUCGAAGGUACUUGUGGCCGUGGAUAUUGAGGAACUGCUCGAGAAUAUCCAGAACCUUGGUCAUCUGUGUGAAGAUCAAGGCACGGUGGCCGCCGGCUUGAAGCUUGCGAAGAAGCUUGUCCAAGGCUUGAAGCUUUCCACAGUCGUAUUGAAGCAGACGCUUGUCUGGGAACUGGAUGCUGUGACGCAUGCGUGACUCGUGCCACGGGUCAAUGGGUGGCUGCUUGGGCAUGAAAGGAGCCCACCGGACAGGCGCUGAGAGCUUGAGGUCCUCGUCCGUAAAGGCCUGAGCCGCCUUUCUUCCCAGUAUCACCUCGUUCAUGUCGCGAGUGAUGACGGCGGGAGUGACGCAUGUGAACUUUUGAAUGAUCGUCUGCAUGGCAUCGGCUCGUUCGUCAGCUGGAUGGAUGACGGCACGGAGGAAGUCGGAAUCCUCCGCAAACCAAUUCAAGAUCUGGUUAGGAACUCUUGGCUUGGGUUUCCGGGGUCUGCCGUCUAACCCGAGCGUCAGAAAAUCAAUCAGGCGCUUGCCAUAGAUGGGCCGACGUUGGCCGCGGAGAGCGUUCAGGUACACGCUGUGCUGCAAUUCCUCGAAGCGGCGCCAGCGAGCCAGGCUGUCCAGAUACAUAAUGUUCGACUCAACUGUUGAAGGGUCGAGGUUUGUACGAGCCAGAUGAGCUCUGGUAUUCUGUGCCUCUCUCAGUUCCAUCAGUACCCUGUGAAGGCUGAGCUGCGAAAUGCGCUCCGCUGUUGUGUUGGACAUGUUCUCGUGUUGUGUAGGAAUCAUGUUGAGAACGCCCAGGCUAACAAUAGACAUUGGCUCUACUGCAAGUAAAGAUCGGUGUAGGAACUGAUCGGUGACUUGGUAUUCUGCUGGAACGGAUUUCUGCAUCCUAAAGGACGUCAUGAUGGGGCGGUCCACGAACAGGUCGGGAUGGUUGCAGACUUUCCGCAACUGCAUCAGACAGUUGAUGAUGGAAAGGUAGUUGCCAGAGGACAGCGUCUCCCGGGUGUCUGUGCGAGCCAAGAAGCCAUCGUACAACUCGCGCUGACGUUUCGACAGGCGACAGAACUCUACGUGUUCGUACUUGGCCGGCAUUUGCUUUUCGACGUCGGCCUUGAGUCUUCGUAGUAGAUACGGUCGCAAGACCUUGUGUAACUUGGAAAUGAUCGCUCGCGCUUCCUCAUCCAUCGUCUCGCGGCCGUUUUCCAGGAUUUGAGACUCUGGCUUGUGGAACCAGUCGUGGAACUCUUGCAAGUCUGCGAAUCCACCCACGCCAUUUUCCGCUGGCAUGAGGAAGAAUAGCAACGACCACAAUUCGGUGAGAUUGUUUUGGAGCGGGGUGCCUGUAAGUAGAAGCCUUGCUCGAGUAUUGAAACCAAGGAGCGUCUGCCAGCGCUGGGAUUUGAAGUUCUUGAUAUUGUGAGCCUCGUCAAGAAUCAUGUAGUGCCACCUCCGGCGUUUGAAGACCUGCUGGUCCUGGAUGACAAGCUGGUAAGAUGUGAUGCAGACGUUCCAUACAUCAUCGUUGUUCCAUCCCUGUCGCUUGCGUUUUCUCUCCUCUUGAGUGCCGUAGUAGGAGAGAAUCUUGAAGCCAGGACACCAUUUCUUGAACUCCAUCUCCCAAUUGAGCAUUACACUUGUUGGUACAAUCACCAAAUGCGGUCCCCAAACCUCAUGGUGGCAAGCAAGAUGAGCAAGUAGCGAAAUGGUCUGGAUGGUUUUGCCAAGACCCAUCUCAUCUGCAAGAAUGCCGUUGGUGUUGUUGGCAUACAGUCCCGCCAGCCAGUCCAGUCCAUGAUGCUGAUAUUCACGCAGAGUACCACGAAGCAAAAACGGGAUUUGCGUCUGUUGUGAAUUGGGGUUUGGUGAAGCUGACCGACUGACAACAUCCUUUGCCCCUGGGGUCGCCAGAGACAUUGUGUCCACAUCUGAAGGCUUUGUGUCGGAUGUAGGGGGCGAAUGACUUUGUUCUCGACUUGGCGGGACGGUAACGAUAUCGGUAUCAGGAGUGACAUGUUUUGUUGGGACUAUAGCAGCGGUAGAUGGCGCCGAGGGCAUUGCCGCCUCUGCUGUUUUCGAUGGCGCAUCUUGCAUUUCCGUAUCAGCAUAUUCCACUGCCUCUGGUAUCCCGUUGGUGGCAGCUUCCACACUCGUGACGGUUGGUUCCUUGUCUAUGCCAUUGACCAAGGCCUCAUCCGACUUGGGCGACUGUACGGGCAUGGUCAGCUCCUUCUCUGAGGCUGCAAUCUCGACACCUUCAUCCUGGUCGCCAGCGCCUGGUGGCACAGUAGCUUGUACUUCUGUGUCAACCUCCAUCUCGUCAUCAUCCAAAAAGAUACCGGGAUGUUGAAUCAGAGACACUUCAUCAUCCUCAUCCUCAUCCUCCACAAUGUCGUCCCUAAAGUUCGAUGAUGCCUCUGCUUGUGGGGAUGCGCCAUCAGCCACCAAGGCUGCAGUGCUUUCGUGUGGCUCCUUGUCGUCAGGUGGCGCCUCAUCCUUAAUCUUCUUCAACUCGGAUUUCCCAAAGAGCAUGCCCAAUAAUCCAAAUGGCUCCUCGUCGCCGUCUUCCUCUUCCGACUCUUCCUCUGCGGCAGAGCCGUCAUCACUGUCGUCCAUAUCGGUGGACCCCAUAUCGUCAUCCAUGUCGACGGACUCAUCGCUGGUAUCUUCUCCGGGGCUGGUUGCCACGACUUUCGAGUCUGCCUCGGACUCGACGCCAUUGGUGAGUUUCUUUUCGGCUUGUUCGUCGGGAGGAAGUUCAGGUAGAUUGGCGUAUUUGGCGCGAAGCUGUUCCAUAGUGAGCUUCUCAUCGCCAGCAUCGCCGGUGUGAUCGUCGCCUGCUUCCUCCUCUUCUGAAGAUGACAUGACAUCGUCGUCAUCAUUGCCGGAGUCAUCAUCAUCCGCAUCUACCGACAUCGCUUGGCUGUUCUCGAGGUCGCUGUCGAGGGCGUCCAGGUCGUCCUCAUUGUCAUCGUUGUCAUCAUCGUCGAGAUCAUCCUCAUCGGAUAUGUCCGAAUCUGCCUGUGUUCUUCUUGCCUGCAGCUUCUGCUCUGACAAAUUGACGGCCUCCUGAAGCGCGGCCUUGACCCGGCGCUGCUCCUCUGCCUCCCAUUCUUGAAUCCUCCGCCGAUUGAUCUCGUACCGAACGUUCUCCCAGGUUCCAAACAUGCUUUUGACAACCACUCUGUAUCGCCCGAUCCACACAAAGCGCGCCUCAGCCUCGAGUUCUUCUGUUGACUUUGGUUGGCGCCGGAGCCAAGCGUCCUUGCACGCUUCGGCAAUCUUCUUGGCCUGCGCUCGAUGUCUUUGCUGUUCUGCUACCAUCAGCUUGCGAAAGUUGGUAACAGCCUUGGCCAUGUGAUCUGCAUGAGCCCAUUGGCGUGGUGGUUCCUCUUCCGCCUCGGGAACAAACAGGGUGCAGCGCUCCUGUGAAAGGAUACCGCCAGGCUCCACAGCCUCUUCAAUGCGCAAGACAAUUUGAGCAUCCUUCUGGGCCAUCUCAUCAGUGUAGCUAGGCCCCUCCUCUGGGAUGUACAUGCCACCAUCCUCAACGGGUAAUGCCUGCGCCUUUUCCCAGUAUUCUUCAAAGUUGGGGCCGAUUCUUAGCCUCUUGCUGACUUGUCCCGGAUGUACAACGGGUAGCUCGGUCGCGCGCACACGUAACUUAAUCCGCGUACGGUUCGGGCUACCCGCCGAAGUUCUUGCUGCCUCAUCGUCGAUGGAGCUGCGGCGGCCCCGCCUUGUCCGCGUUGACUGCCUAGUUGGUUGAGCAGAUGGGGAAGGACUUCGCUUGCGCAUGGAUCGGGAGGUAGACUUGGUCUCAUUCGCAGUCGACUUUCGGUUGGAGGUCUUGGGCGGAGGCGGUGCGGGCUUUGGUGCUGAUGGUUUUCGCGAGGGAGUUUUGGACUUGGCAGUUCCGUUUGGGGUGGGCGUCGCGGCGUGGCCGUUUGUAGAAGCAUACUUGUUCUUGGAGGGUGGACUACUGUUAAGAGCUCCUCUCGUCAUUCGCUUGCCGGAUGGCGGAUGGAACUCGAGGGGGAUAGUGUUAAUUCGACCAGACUUGCGUCUGCCAUUAUCGAUGAAAGAGGUCGGACCCUCGGCGGUGAUCUUCUUCCAUGGCGGAGAGAUUUGUUUCUUUUUCUGGCCAGACCCGGGCGCAGAUGGCGUGGAGACGCGACGUCGUUUGGAAGGGCGUUCAUCAUCGAUGUCGGAAGAGGGCGCGGGAGCAGGAGGCGAGGGUGAGGGUGUUGACGGAGAUAAUGGUGUUGUAGGUGAUGGUGAGCGGAGGGGUAGGCCGAUGAAGUCGUUACCGUUAGGGGUCAGUUGGCCUUCGAAAUCGUCGGAUCCGAGGGAUUCCAGCGGUGAUGAGGGCGGAUCGGUAUCAUAUUGAGGUACAGUCGCGGUUUGUUCGUCGCGUUGGGAGUCGAUGACCUCGUUGGUGGGUUGCGCAGGGUCGGGCGACGCGGUCUUGUUCAUAAUAGCAACGGGGGGCGGACGCGAGAUGGGGCCGUGAUCUCGACGGGGCCGGCAUCUGAAGCGUCGAAAUUAACGUCUAUGGAAUGGUGUAUGCUCAGAGAAUUCUAGUUUCGAGUUUGAACAUGAUGACACGUCUUGGUGGCCGGCUGCGUUGGAAAAAGGAUGCAAAACCAGCGUCGCCAGCAAAAAG